AUGCCGAAACUCGCUCGUAGAUUCUCUUCAACCAGUGGAGAGUUUUCGGACGAUGACGUGAAGCAAAACGAUAAGAAUGAAAGCAGCAAAAUGAAGUGGAACAAGCAGUUCAUGAAGUACUCAUCGAGACCAUGGACCAUCUACAAGCAAGCGUCCAGUAUCGUUGUCUUCACGUGGACUGUGGGGUGA